AUGCUCGUAAUUUCAUCAGUUUUUGGUGCAAAGUUUUCGUGUAACUAUGAAAGUGCUGUAAAUACGUUUAAGAAACCAACGUAUGACUUUUCCGUUCGACUCUUAGAUAGAGUGGCACAAGAAACAGGGUAUCAUUUUGUUUUUUCCCCGCUAUCGACUUGGCUACAGCUGAUGACUCUCGCUGAGGGUGCUAGAGGUCUCACUGAAAAUGAAAUAAGGAAAGUAACGAGAUAUCACCGUAUGAAAUGCUUCAGGAGAAAAUAUCGCGAAGUAUUAAAUGGAAUAGAUGAAGAAUUGGCCUAUAUGUCCAAAAGAACGAAUGUUAUUGUCAUAGAUAAAUUACUAGAUGUAAAAGAUUCCUACAAAAAUGAAGUAAAGAGGAUAAAUAAUACAAAAAUCUUAUUACUAAAUUUUAAUGAUCCUGAAAAUGCAGCUGUAAAAACAAAUGAGAUCAUCGAAAUGGAUACGGACGGAGUUAUCAAGGAAGGCUUACAUGCUGAGGAUUUUAACUUAGCUGUACUGCUCAUGACUGAAACAGCCUACUUCAAGAGCGAUUGGCGGACUUCGUUUAAUCCCGUAUACACUUCUACGGAAACUUUCUACACUGAAGAGAACGUGGCUGUUGGCAAAGUAAGGAUGAUGACACAAACUGGCUAUUUUAACAUAACUAAUGUACCAUUAAUCGAUGCUAAAGUAUUAGAGUUACCUUUUAACACGGAUGGCCGCAUUUCCAUGAUGGUAUUUUUGCCAACAAAAGGCACUGUCAAAAAUUUGCUAUAUCACCUAAAAAACAUAAGGUUGAUGACGAUAUUUAGCCUACUUGAAGAAAAGGGUGAGAAAUUAGUAAACGUAAAAUUGCCGCGAUUCCAAAUAAAAACUGAUGUUGUAAAUAUACCAGAAUUAGUACAUGAUAUGGGAGUUAAAAGAAUUUUUUCCCCGGAACUAGCGGAUUUUAGUGGCAUUAGUGACUACAAGAUGUUCACUUCGUUGAUGACGCAAAUAGCGGAUAUAGAAGUAACUGAAAAUGGCGCAACAGCUAGAGCUAUGGCUGAAUCUUUAAUUGUCGGUUCCACCGAUGAGUUUGUUGUAAACAAACCCUUUGCUUAUUUAAUUGCUGAUAGAAAGACUGAUGUGAUACUAUUUGGUGGUAUUUAUAGCAACCCUUCCAUUUAU